UUAUAUUCCAUCCUACACAGCAUCCUACACUGCCUCUUUACUCUGCGUCUUUACACUGCUACAAACGACUGCAUGCCUGACGGCAUGCCUAUGCCCGACGGCAUGCCUCAUGCCUUUACUGAAUGGCGGCCACGGCCUUCUUGGCGGCGUCGUCGAGGUCGUCGGCGCUGAUGAGGUCCAGGCCCGACUCGUCGAGGAUCUGCUUGCCCAGGGCGACGUUGGUCCCCUCCAGGCGGACCACCACGGGAAUGGUGAGGCUGAGGCUCUUGGAGGCCUCCACGAUGCCCUCGGCAAUGACGUCGCAGCGCAUAAUGCCGCCAAAGAUGUUGACCAGAAUGGCCUUGACGGCCGGGUCCUCCGUGAUGAUCCGAAAGGCCGCCUCGAUCUGCUCCGUGGUGGCCGACCCGCCCACGUCCAGAAAGUUCGCCGGGGUCCCCCCGUGCAUGUCCACAAUGUCCAUGGUGGCCAUGGCCAGGCCGGCMCCGUUGACCAUGCAGCCGAUGGUGCCGUCCAGGCCGAUGUAGUUCAGGUCGUAGGCCGAGGCGGCCACCUCGCGGGGGUCCUCCUGGGACUCGUCCCGCUGCGCAAAGACGUCGGCCUGCCGAAAGGCCGCGUUGUCGUCAAAGCCGAUCUUGGCGUCGGCGGCGAUCAGGUUGCCGUCCUGGUCCUCCGCCAGGGGAUUCACCUCGACCAUGGUGCAGUCCUUGUCCACAAAGAGCUGGUAGAGCGCGCGGAUCUGCUCCCCCGCCAGGGCCUUGUCUCCGCUGGGGUUCAGGCCGUUCACCACCGUGGCGAUCUGCUCGUCGGUGAUGCCCUCCUCCAGGCUGACGGGAACCUUGAUGAUCUUCUCGGGGUUGGACUCGGCCAGGUCCUCGAUGGAGGUCCCCCCCUCGUCGCAGGCAAUGAUCAUGGGGCCCUGGGACUCGCGGUCCAUCAUGAUGGCAAAGUAGAACUCGCGCUUCAGGGACAUCUUCUUGGCCARCAGCACCGUGUUCACGGGCUUUCCGGCCGGCCCGCUCUGCUUCGUGACGAGGGUGCCCCCGAUCAUGUUGCCCGCGAACUCCUCCACGUCGGCCGUGGGGAUGAUGUGGACCCCGCCCUGCAGCUGGUUGCCCGUGGAGAACUUGCCGAGCCCGCGGCCCCCGGCCAGGAUCUGCGACUUGAUGACGACYUCCUCGUCUCCGAUCGCCUUUGCGGCCUCCACGGCCUCGGACACCGAGUGUGCGGGGAUCCCAAAGGGGACGUUCACCCCGGCRUCCUCCAUGAUCUUGGCCGACUGGUACUCGUGGAGGUUCAGGAAGCGGACCCGACCGGCGGCCGCGAGUGCCCGGUGGUGCUGGCACGCCCUGGCGCCGCACGAGAGGGCGGUGCGUCGGAGCGUUUGGGAGAACAUGGGGUCCGUUGUCUUGUCUUGUCUUCUCUUGUCUUGUCUUGUCUUGGUGGGUGUGUUUGGAUUGGGUUCGUUGCUGAUGCCUUUGCCUUUGCCUUUGCGCUGCGUUAGUUGGCUUCUCUUGGAUCUGUCGGGAACUGCUGGUACCUAACGCCUUGCUUUGUCUUGCUCCGAGAUGGUACUCGUACUCGUACUUGUACCGUCGAUUUUGUUGCGAAGCACCAUCGAUUGGAUUCGAUUGUUGUUGAUUCGAAGAAGAAGACGGCGAAGAAGAAGAAUCAAGAAUCCAUCAUCGUUCCGUAGACACGGUAUYGUACGAUUGUACGAUUGCUCGAGCACUCGUAUCGUAGCGUACACUACUAGUACCCAGUAACAGGUACGAGACGUACGAGUAGUGCUCGUACUCGUAGGAGAAGACGACAAACCAGAUACCGUACCGUAGAAUCCAAAUUUCCAUCAGGUCGAGAACACAAACAGAGGAUCCGGAGGAGGAAAAACGAAGGCGAGCAUGAGUACUAGUACUAGUAUCUACCUCUAUAACUUCGUACGUAUCGUACGAACCCUGCAGUAGACCAUGACUAUGACUCGUGCCAGCUUCUGCACGAKUGCGAGUACAGCUACUCGUACUAGUAGAAGCACAUUGUCCUGUAUCGUAGAGUUGUAUCCUACGCUACCAGGGGGGGUACGAGUACAGUACCGUACCUUACAUACAAUCCUCGUAGUGCCGGCACAUUCAUUCGUCGUGCCAUGCGUGCUGCCCGCGUGAACCAUCGAUGCAUUCGUUUCAUUGGUCCGAACGGACCUUCUCUCCGUUCCUCGCGCAGAUGGGACCUUCGCCCCGUCGUCAAUCCAUCUGGAAACCGAAACGACGGGUGGAAACUCGAAAUUCAGCAUCUCUCUCUCUCUGCCCAGCCACCAAUCGCAUGUCGGGAAAAUGAAUUGGCUACGGUGCACUGCACGGCACUGCACGGCACUGAACGGCACUGCACUUCACUUCGAUAUUUAGUGCACGGUAGCCAGUAACCUUGAAGAAUUCUUACAGUCCUGGACUUACUACGACUGAGGAAACAAAAAGAAACUUUUUUAGUGUGGAUUUGUACAAACCCAGUAUUAAUUUUUGCAAAUAAAUUAGUACCUUGACCAAAAUAAAUUAUUCAUUUAUAC